AUGGACCUAUUCUCCGCCGCCUGCGAGAACUUUGGGCUGGUUAUCAACACGCAGAAGACGGUGGUGAUGCAUCAGCCGCCUCCCAACUCAGCCACAGCCCCAAACGCGCCGCAAAUCAACGUGAAUGGGACUCAACUGCAAGUGGUAGAGAACUUCCCGUACCUGGGCAGCACGCUCUCCCGCAACACCAAGAUCGACGACGAAGUCGCCAACAGGAUCUCGAAAGCCAGUCAAGCCUUCGGUCGCCUCCAAAGCACAGUUUGGGAUCGUCAUGGUCUCCAACUGAGCACAAAGCUGAAGAUGUACAAGGCCGUCAUCCUGCCGACGCUACUGUACGGAGCGGAGACCUGGAUGGUGUACACGAGGCAGGCACGUCGACUUAACCACUUCCACCUCAGCUGUCUCCGCCGCAUCCUGAGGCUGAACUGGCAGGACCGCAUCCCCGACACCGAAGUGCUGGAACGGACGGGAAUUCUGAGCAUCUACUCCAUGUUGAGACAAAUGCAGCUGCGCUGGAGCGGCCAUCUGGUGCGCAUGGACGACGAGCGACUACCCAAACGACUCUUCUACGGAGACGUCGCGACGGGUUCUCGUCGUCAAGGAGGCCAAAUUCGCCGUAACAAAGAUACUCUGAAGUCCUCCCUGAAGCGCCUGCACAUCAACCCGACCAACUGGGAAGAGCUCGCCCGCGAUCGUCCGACAUGGAGGAGAACAGAGAAGACGGGCGCUGCUAUCUACGAAGCCAACCGCAUCGCCGCCGCCAAAGUGAAACGCGAAGUCCGCAAAUUACAACUUCGCCCAAUACGCAACGCCGCCGCACAACCUCUCCCUACGUGUCCUCGAUGUCAACGGACAUUCCGGGCACGAAUCGGACUUGUUGGACAUCUUCGAACCAACUGCACCUCUCGAACUGCUCCAGCCAUCGUCCCCGCGCCCGCCUCUUCCUCGUCCUCUCUUCCGCCAACUAACUCUGACACUCCUUCUGCACCAACACUUCCAUCCUCCUCCUUCUCCUCCACUGCCCCAACGGUGGCCGUUCAGGCUGCCGUCUCACACAUCGCCAACCACGACACAGCAACCGCAAGCACCCCCACCUGCCCUCACUGCGACCGCACCUUCACCUCACACAACGGCCUGGUCGGUCAUUUGCGAAUCCAUCGCACAGAGACUGGUGAACCAGUGCCUGGAGCACCAACCUACACCCACCGCACUCGCCUCCACUGCCCACAAUGCCCUCGCACCUUCCGGCAUCGCAUGGGCCUAUUCGGCCACAUGCGCAUCCACGGGAGCGGAAUUGACCGCAGCCUUGACACACCCACCCCGCCGAGCCCCACUCCCAAUCCAUCACCUUGUGCACCCACUAACCACUCCCCAGCCGACAUCGACGCCACCGACCUUACCACCCCUCACUCCCCCCCCUUCCUCCUCAACCUCCUCCUUCACUGCCUCGACGACGGCCACUCCGGCGUCUGUAGCGCACGACUUUACCACAGCCGCACCUGA